AGUCGGCUUCAAAGGGUGAGGUUUGCGGGAGCUCGCGCCGCCGCUUGAAGAGCCAAUCGGCGUCUCUCCUGCGGCUGCUGACCCAAAUUCUGCCGCUUGCGAAUUUGUUCCGCUUUUGGCUCAUGUUUUUUUGUCGCGCUUUAUUUCAUGGCUAUAGCUACAUAAUUUUUGCACGAUACAUUAAUAGAAAAGGUUCUCUUUAGGUCCUUUUUAGUUUGGGCAACCCUUCUGUUGCAAUUCCAUCAUGCCCGGCUCUCCUGCGACUGGCUCCAAGCCAGAGAAGACAAUGUCUUCACGUCUUCUUACAAUGAAAUUUAUGCAACGAGCUGCCGCUACAGCUGCCGCUAAAGAAUCGUCUCAGCCGCCUUCCACCGAAGGUUCAAACACACCCACCACAAAACGCCAAAGAGUCGCCCCCGGUGAACAACCUCAAAGUCCUGCAGCUACACCGUCAAAGGAUCUUGAGGCCAUCUCAGCUGCUCUUGCGGCAGAAGAAGAGAAACGCAGGGAAGCUAUUGCUCGUCAGGCUGCGGAAUCGGGCGAGACAGAAUGGGUGCUUGAUUUUGGUGCUGAAAGCCCUGUGAACCAAUAUGCCCCGCCGCCGUUCAUUGUUGCCGAUGCUUCCCUCGACGCUGACGAUGACGAUGACUUGGCAUAUGGGGGGAGACAGGCGUAUGGUAACUUCAAGCGGAAGAAGAAGACUGAGACACGCGUCGCGGGUGGUGAUGAGUCUGGUUCAGAGGACGAAGAUGAUGACGAAGAUGACGUUGACUCUAUGAUCAAAAAAGCCAAAGCAAAGGCCUCGAAGCAACCUCCGAAGGUGAAGCUCUCGCAAUUAACGAGUAUAUCUGGUGGACGUCAAGGUUCUGUUGGAGGGAACAAGUCUCAGAAGAAGCGCAAACACAAAUAAAGUAGUUCUGUCUGAGAAUCAUUCGCCAUCCUGCGGAACAACACGAUGACAUUGCCUACGGGCCUCACGCCAGCAUUCAUAUCCCCAAAGCGUGCGGCGUCUUCAUCCACAGGUGUGCCACCGACUUCUUCGGACUACGAAGAGAUACAAUGGGCAUACAUAUAUUGCGCUUUCCUCUGUUCUCGUUGGUGCGCUUUGCUUUCCAGCAGCUUCGGAGCUGAACCACAUGCUUGGAACCCAAUGCUACUUACCACACUAGUGCAGCGCCGCUUUGAUAUCAGGGCUCCCCCUCCGCUUAUGGGCAUCGUUUCCCACAAAGCCGACAUCGAAAGUAGCGUUUCGGAUGGGCAGCUCCUCAACAUUGAGCACGAAAGACUCGCUUUGGUGUCUAGCGUGGCUCUGCUGUCUUCUUGAAUGGGAUAGCAUAAUGUGCGGCCUCGGGUUUCCAUCUCUAUCAACCUUGCUCAAAAACAGACGACAGCGUAGUUGAAUUCCCUCUAUAGUGCCGGAAAUCAAGAAUCGAAUUCAACAUGAAUUUACGAAGCUGAGCAGAUGAGAUCACUCGCGUUCAGCACUUAGUCGCUUGGAUAUUUCAUUUACUGUCUACGUAGCUUGCAGUCGUUUAUAAAAUGUAUGAGUUUGUCAAAGUCACUAAUCACAAUAUAUAAGCGGGACUAUA